AUGAAGAAGUUAAUGGAACAGGUUGUCCGCAACGUGGAAAGCGGUGACCUGAAAGAAGCGUUGAAUGGACUUGAGAAAUGUUUCGAAAACGAUUUUCUUUGCGACAACCAGAUAAUUGUCAACGAAGUCAAACAACGCAAGAUGAAGUGGUUUAUUUCGAUCGCAUGCGCUAUUGUUCGAAAGAUGACUGCAAACCCAGAAGCAGCCCUCAUUAAUAAUCUGUUCAAACUUAUGAAAAGUUUUGACGUCCGGCCUGAUGUAGACAUGACUGGCUCGAACUGGGUGAGAUUUAAUUUUGCAUGUACUCUGCACGUGCUACCGGUUGAGCAAACUCUCAUGGGGUCAUUUCGAUUACCAUCCUGAUU